GUUGCAAGCGGGUGUAGUAAAACAACUUAUAUCGCUGGCAGGCGUUUAGCUGAGACGUGAUGGGUUAUAACUGCACAGCGUACACUUGGCACACCUGACACAGCUGGAUCACUAGGUAUCGGAUAUACUGUGGAAUAAAGACUUGUGUUGUCUCACUGCAGUGAAACAGUUUGGCGACAGUAGAAGCCAAUAAAGAAGCCAUGGAAUUCUUGGUGGGUAGAUACGACUUGAUGACAGUCAGCCAAGAUAGACGAAGUGAGUUAGACACCGAGUUGAGGCGCAACUCAGACAAGUACGAGGCGGUGCUCAGCGAGGAUGAUAUAGUCGGGGCGUUCAGGCUGCUGAGGAAGGGUGUGUGUCGGCCGGACUUCCCAGGGGAGAGUUCAGACCAGUGCUACUUCGUGAAGGACAUCCUGGACAAGCUCAUGGACAUGUCUAAACAAUUGGUGGAGUCAGGGAAGAUAACUUCCUUGUCCCGCAUCCACGACUUCUGCUUCGACUUCCUCCACGACCUGAUCCAGCAGGGGCCGGGGACGACGCACAUGCAGCUGUGGAUAAAUAUGCUUCGCAACAAAGAUUUCGCCUUCAACGACUACUACCAAAACCUCAGCGGGGACAAACUGAAGAACUACAUCAGGUUCCUGACGAGGGAAUACAGGAGCGAGGAACCAGAGCCAGGCAGAAGCAGGUUCAGAAGAACCCUCGACCCUGGAAUCCGGGCUCUCCUUGACGGGAAUGCUUUGAGUCCGGAAGCGUUCAUUGAGGCCAGACCGGAGUUUAUAGAACUCUAUCUCUACUCUGAUCUGUUGUUUCUCAAUCGGCCGACUGACGUGAAGGAUGCACAGCAUCGAAUUGCAACACUAAUCUAUCACAAAUACAAGAGGAACGUGUUUCAGGGUUUGGAGGACCCCGAAGUCUUUAAACACUUCCUGAAACGCCUUGAAGAGAUCAUCUGUCAAACACAUCUGGGCGGUGAUAACUGGGAGGCCGUCGUCAAGAAGUUGCUGGACGCUGUGCGGAUGUUGCUGACAGCUGUCGACAAGGCUUUCCUGUUCCAUAAGGUGUACGCCGAGAUCCUGGACUUCGUGGCUGCAAUCUGUACAAUGUUGGCAGAGACACCUAUCCACUCCAUUGUGGAAGGCGUCGGGUACUUCUACUACCACAUCAAGGACCCUAUAAUCAAGGGCAACUCUGAGCUGUUCACUGUUAUGACGAGGAAGAUGAUCGAUUUUCUGACUAACCUAGAGGACCACAGCCUGAUGAGGGUCAAGUUCGCAGACGCGGCUGUGACGGAGGUGUUGGUCAAGUCAAUGGACAAAACCCCUGAGCACCGUCGGUUAAUGAUUGACCUGAUGAAGGCGUGUCUGAGAAUCCAGCAACAAGGAACAGCACACGCAGCCUACCGCAUCGUGCGGGAAGCGGAGAAGAACCUCAAGUGGAAGGAACACGUGGAUGAUGCUUGUGAAAUUUUGGACCUCUUGUCGAAAGUCGAAUUGUAUGGGGAUGAUAAACGGAAAACUGAACUUGGGGGCUACUACAAGAAUUGUGCCGCCUACCUCGCCAAUCAGAUCACGCGGGAUCGUGUUGUUCCGAAAAUGGUUGAAAAGAUGGUUGAAUUUAUCUUGACAAUCCUUGAGAAGCGGGAACCUAAAUUAUUCGAAGCCGGAAGUGAAAUUGCGGACGAGGUGGAAUUCAGUGGAAAGAAACACAAGGAACUGAUAGUGUCAACAUUUACACGUUUAAUCCCUAUCAUUGACGGUGCCAAGUUCCCCUUGAAGGGAGAAGGAUCUCGAUAUGCCAGCAGAGCUGUGGUCUCCUUAGCCAAGUGUGGACUAGAUGCCUUAGAUUCCAAAAGCCUCGAUGAGAGGACGUUCAACGUUAUCCUCGAGUUCUUGAAGAUAGUGCUGACAGGGGAGUUCAUAGACGAGGACCUGAACCGCCCCCUUACAGUCUACUACAUCCUCUACUGCAGCGCAGUCACCAAGUUCCUCAGGCUUCUUGAUGACCAGGAGAAGAUACAGAGAGCUAUCCCAGUGGUGAGAGAAGUCAUCAACAUGUUGACUCAUGACUAUGAAGAAGUUGCAAAGAUAGCCGUUGGUCAAGUAACCCUCCUGGUUUCAAAUGGGUCGAAGGUUAUGGCCCAGUUCUUUCCUCAAAUGAUGGACGUCUACUUGGAUACUGAGAACUCUUCACUACUCUAUCCCCUGAGUACACUAUAUCCACACAAUCCGAAACCCUUGGAGCCACACUUUCAAACUAUCUUCGAGUUGAUAGACACACAGCAACGACAUUCGAUCUUAUCCUGGCUGAGCGAGAUUGCCAAGAAACAGCCACAUUUGUUUACUGAUGAGAACAUUGCCAAACUGAUCGAGGAGAUGUUUGAAGGAGACGACAAGCUCCAGUCAAUGUACCUGAUGAUUAUGGAUCCGCUCUCCAAGACGGUGCCUAACAAAAUGGUGCCCCACCUGAAAACUCUUAUGGAAGGCGACAUCAACACGCAGUGUGGCGCCAUGUACUACCUGCUCCAGGUCCUCAAGAACGUGGCCAUUUGGAGCAAGGACGAGGCCCAAGCUGAGAUAGUGAUGGCAUUCUUGGAGCAGCAGAUUCGAGGUCCCGAAGAUCAGUUUUCGACACCCAGCUGUCUUAGCGAGAUGCGUGCUAUUGGUGGCGUGUAUCGACAUAUCCUGGAGAGCCGUAAGCCAGCCCUACAGGACUUGAGGGAGAGAUCUACUGUUCAAACAACAAAGGAUCAGUGUACAUUUAUCUUGGAUGUCCUGGAAGGCAGAAGCUUGGAGUCUUUGGUGGAUGAAAUCAAAGAUGUGAAGGACGACGUUGAGGAACUUGACACACGAGUGACAACGACGGAGGUGGGCGUAGUGGUGGUCAGCCAAGAGGUCGGACAACAGAGAAAGGACCUGACAGAAGUCAAACACAAGGUGGAGGACCAAGGGGAGAAGAUUGGUCAACUGGAGGAGACAGUGGAUGACGCUAAGGCUAAAGUGGAGGAACUGGAUGGCAAGACAUUGAGUCAUGCUCCCUUCUGGACACGAGACGUGGCCAAACUCCUCAACCCCGAAGGUGCCCAAGACUGGCGGCUUCUCUCCAGUCGACUUGGCUACACCAAUGAUGACAUCAGGAGCUGGGCUCAGAUGCACGACCCAUGUAUGGCCAUGCUGAAUGAAUGGUACGCCACUCGGAAGACGAGGGAAGCCACAUAUGCUGUGCUGACAGCACUGCAAGAGAUGGACAGAUUGGAUGCUGCUGUCAUUGUGGAGAACGCAAUGAAGAUGGCAGAAACAGUAGUGGAGGACGAAGAGUUCGAGUACCCGGAGCCUCCAGAGGUGUUCAUCAGCUACCAGUGGGGAAUCCAGAACGAGGUGAAGCUUCUGAAGCAGCACCUGGAGAAGGCGGGCUUCACGUGCUGGAUGGACAUUGGUCAGAUGGGAGGUGGGGACAAGCUGUUCGAGAAGAUCGACAAGGGAAUCAGGGCAGCCAAGCUCGUCAUCUGUUGUGUCACUGGGAAGUAUGCCAAGUCUCCAAACUGCAAUAGAGAGGUGAACCUCUCCGUAAGCCUGGGUAAGCCCAUCAUCCCUCUGUUGAUGGAGAAACUGUCAUGGCCUCCACCAGGCUCAAUGGGGCCAAUCUUCAGUGAAUAUCUGUUCAUCCGAUUCUUCACCCGUCCUGGGGAGGAGACUGGUGAUAUCAGGUACUGGUCGGCAGCCAAGUUCCAGGAACUCCUGAUGCAGGUCAACUACAACAACGUCAAGCCGGAUGAGCAGAAAGUGGAAGAGGAAUACAAGAACUGGUGGUGCCCUGUGGCUGAAGUCAUCAAGAUAGACAAGAAGGACGUGAAGACGAUGACGGCUGCCAGUCAACAGAAGCAGGAGGAGGUGGAGGCUGGAUCAGCGUCUCCUGAUGUGUUCAUCUCCUACCAGUGGGGAAAACAGAAGCAGAUUCAGCUCAUGUACAAGCGCCUGACUGAGAUGGGCUUCACCGUCUGGAUGGACAUCUACCAAAUGGGAGGUGGGGACUCCCUCUUUGACAAAAUUGACAAGGGUGUGCGAGGGGCAAAGGUCGUUCUCUCAUGUGUCACCACGAAGUAUUCUCUGUCGGCCAACUGCAGGAGGGAAGUCAGUCUUGCUGAUGCUCUCAAGAAACCAAUAGUUCCUUUGUUGCUGGAGAAGAUGACAUGGCCGCCAUCUGGUCCGAUGAGCAUGGUGUUCACUCAGCUGUUGUAUAUCAACUUUGGGAAGGAUGAAACUGUACAGGAAAGAUGGGAUGGAGAAAACUUUGAUGAACUGUUGACUAAACUAGACUACCAUGUGCCUGGUAUUAUUAUUCUAGGCAAUAUGAGUAAACAAGCGGAGGUGACAUCUUCUCCUGAAACCGAGAAGACGACUCCUGCUAAUAGUGAUAAACAGCCAAAACAACCGACAUCAACCAAGCCAGGUACAUCGGUUGAUGAACCUACUGUACAGCUACCCUUGCAACAGCAACUACAACAAAAACCAUCAACACCCCCACAACACCAAGAAACAAAGUAUCAGCAACAGCCAGAACUUAAACCAACACAAAGACAAACCGUAUCACCUCAAAGAAAACCAGCCACAAAACAAUCCAAGUCAUGCACCCUGUUAUAAUUGUCUGUGUUGACGUCAUAUUGCUGCAACAAUCCAAGUCAUGCACCCUGUUAUAACUGUCUGUGUUGACAUAAUAUUGCUGCAACAAUCCAAGUCAUGCACCCUGUUAUAACUGUCUGUGUUGACAUAAUAUUGCUGCAACAAUCCGAGUUAUGCACCCUGUUAUAACUGUCUGUGUUGACGUCAUAUUGCUGCAACAAUCCGAGUCAUGCACCCUGUUAUAACUGUCUGUGUUGACGUCAUAUUGCUGCAACAAUCCAAGUCAUGCACACUGUUGUAACUGUCUGUGAUGCAAAAGUAUAGCAGCUUAGUUAUAUCAUUUGUAAUGAAAAUACGUGUCAUGACAUUGACUUUUGUACUGAGGAAAAGGAAAUUACAGUUUGCUGUUGACGCAUUGGAUGACGAACAAUAUACUGUUAUUGACUGGAUAUUUUUAACAGGCCACGUUAAUCCAGUUGGCGUUUAGACAUGUUUUUUCCGUGACGCAGUAGGAUGAAAGUGUUGUUGAUUCAUUCCAAUGUUUUCAAAUGUUAAAGAUUCAUUAUUAAAGAUACCUCAUGUGUUGA